CUUUAAGUUAGCCGACUUCUGAAAUGCUUCCAAAAAAGGAAUCUCACGUAACGCUCCUAUCGAGUCUUGACCCGGACCCUCGACGAGUCGGACGACGACCUUCAUUCAUUGAACCGUUUCUACUUAGCCUUUGCUCUUGUCUGUCUAUCAGCCACAUACUGCACCUCCCAGACAUCAAUCAAUCACUUACUUGACCUGGCCGCUAUUUUUCGCAGUGGAAUACUUGGCCAAUGUUGCGUACACGGUCUGUCUGGAUUGACACUCGGUUUCUCGCCUUCGGUUCGCGCAGUGUCCCGAAAAGCCGCUUUGCUGCCCUCGCAUCUCCCGGUCGGUUCCAAGCCCUUGACCACGUAUCGUGAAGGGCAUACACAUGACCACAAUGACGGUCCGCUGGGAGAAGGCGCUUUCACCGUCCAGCUCGACUGCGGACUCGAACAAUCGUCGCGAUGCUGUUCCUAGUCACAACGGCAGGGGUGUACAGCGGCGGCGUCCAUUCACUGUGGCACACGAGACUGCAAGGUCGAGGGACGAAACCGCGUCGAAUGCUGCCGACGGAGCCGAGCUGCGACGCGCGGAUAUGCAAGUUAGCCGUGACGGUUCUGAAGUCCCGAAGGAGAUCGUCCGGAGGGUGUGCCCAGAGUACCCGCCGUUCGUCAGCGAGCUCGUCGGCGAGGUGCGGGACUCGCUCCGAAAGUGCGGUGAGCCGACCGCCAUAAAGCGCUUUCACGUCUUCUUGAGCAAGAUGCCGGAGGACAACCCCACGCGCUUCCAAGUUUUCGAGGCCACUAUCCGCAUGCUUCUUCUCGAGGGUUGUCCAAUGGCCGCCGUUACGUGUUACACGCGUAUGACGGCGGAAGGGUUCAUCUGCUCCAUAUCCCUGCGCGCACAGAUGACGGUCAUAUCGCUGGCGAAUCGGUCGCCUGCCCCCGAGGAGUUCUUCGCGCUGCUAGAGAUGUGGUUCAUGAACAAGCGUUUCAACGAACAUGCGUUCCAGGACAUGCUGUUCCUGCUGGAUAACACCAUCAGCGAAGAUCCAGCCUUCGUGGACGCGGUGGCGAAGCUAUACCUUCGCUGUAAACGUCCUGGCUAUUCGUUCGCGCGGGAGACCAUUAGUUGGAUAGUCUACGUCCAUGCACGGGCGGGCUCCAAAGGCUCUGCGAAGGAAUGGCUCGAUCCCGAGCGCCACGCUGGCGCAAGCGGUCCCGAGCCCUACACAAGCCUCCUGCGCUUCAUAGACGGCUCGUCGGAGGACGAGGAGCUGUACCGAUGGAUCGUGGAGCGAAUGCAAGAGCUCGAGAUCCAGCCGGACCUCGCCUUCUACAACGCGCUCAUGUCGGCAGAGUUCGCGCGCAAGAAGUACGACAACGCGUACAAGAUCUAUGGCCUCCUGAAGGCCAGCCCAGACCCCGCGAUCACGCCGGACGAAAUUACCUUUGCGAUGGUCUUCCGCGCGUCGCUCUAUAUGUCCCAGCCACGCAGCUUCCUCACACGAAGGAUCGGACGCCCCCGCGGUGCACCUUCGCCUCGCCAACUGUACCAGGACAUGAUCCGGUGCCAUAUUGCACGUGCGAGAAACAGCUUCGAGGGCGUCCUGUCGAGCAGUUCUCUGAUCUCGGCGAUGCGGGUGUUCAUGGAUCGGCGAGACUACGCAGCUGCGUUUGUCGUCUUCAAGACCAUGCGGCAAUGCGAGCUCCCCAUGGACCUUGUCAUGUAUCAGAGGAUCCUCGCUCCACUAAUGAGAAGGCUCAAGCAUGAACUACCUUUACUGGCGGUAGAGAGCGAUCCACGCUCCUUCUGGUCGUAUCGCUUCUUGGGCUUGUCCACGGCUCCAUCCAGGCAACGCCCGGCAUAUAACUCGCGCGUGCUUGACGUACUUCUUCGUAUCGGUACGAUACCACGCCUUAGCCUUGCAUAUGUCGCACCAGAGCUAGAGUUGGCUACGGAAGCACAUUCCGAGUCACCUCCGGGAUUUGAGGCACCAGCAGGGUCGUCAAGUACGCGCAACCGACCGCCGCCAGCUCGUCCGCCAACACAACUGGAAGAUGAUGCUACUCCAUCCGCAGCAGAUGAAGCCAAGUACGAGGCUUUCACCAAGGUCUUCCGGGAACACAACAUGCCGUCCACCUUGGAAGUCGCAGGGCUCGUGGAAUCAGUCCCUCACCAAGUCUACUCACCGGUGCCUCUCGAGCGUAUCCUCCGGCGCGCCAUCCUAGCUGCCCGCCCGGAUUCGGUCCUCUCCGCGAUGAAGGAAGUGAACAGCGAACUUGCAGUGGCGAAGGAGCAAAUGAUUGGUGACUUGGCGUUCGAGCUGUCGGGUUUCUCGACGAGGAAACGGAAGCCGCGGUAUGUCAGCUUUAGCGAGGAUCUUGGGAAAGCGGCGAAGAAGACAACGCGGGCGGGUACCGGUGAAGUUGAGGUUGAAGCGGGCGGUUGCUGA